GGAAGAUAUGUAGUGGCGUUCAGCCUAUAGAUUAUGAAACUGAUGUCAAGCGUCUAAUGAACUGAGAGCGAUCAAAAUGGCAGCCCACAUGCGGACAUGUUUCCAAUUUCAACUGAAAAUACCCGUUAUUGCGAGAUCUUUUCGCAAAAGAGAAUAUUUAGCGUCAUCAUACAUUAGCAAUGUUUGUAAAUCAUCCAAAUGCUACUAUUGCCACAGAUCUUUGCUACAGAAAAACAUGAAAAAACCAGUUGAACUUGAAAGGACAUUGCAUCAGAAGAAUAAUAACUCUUUAUGUAAUACAUAUUCAAACGCACGUUUGUUGUCAACUGGACAUUCUUACCUCUCUCAUGUAUCACGAACUUUAAAGGAAAACAAUUAUUUUUCGUAUGGAGGAUCAUCUAACCGUAAUCAGAUUGCAUGGUAUAGUUCUAGUAGCAAUGCUGCCUCAGGAGCUCAGGGGUCUGAGGGUGACGGUGAAGAUGAUCCUGAUAAUGUUGAUGCAGAGCCAGAAAUUGUAUCUCCAGUAUCAAACUAUCCAGUUAAUGCCAUAGCCACUUUGUCUGUUCCUGAGGUGUUGCCCAAUGUCCCUGUCAUAGCCACCAACAGAUUUCCAAUCUUCCCUCGUUUCCAAAAGAUUAUAGAGAUAGAGGACAAAAUGAUCUGGAAAUUCAAUAAGAAAUGCAGUACAACCAUUACAGAGAAAACCUCUUUGAUCAGAGAGGUUCAAUUGAUAGAAAAUAAAAUAAGAAUGACCAUCCAGGGUCACAGAAGAAUAUCGAUUGUGAAGCAGUUGCAAGAGCUUGGUUUAGAUACUAGAGUUGAAGAAAAUAUAACUGAAAAGCCGCAGAAAAUGACCAGAAAAGAAAGAAGAAAUGGACUUUUAAAAACGGAAGAAGAAGAAGCCGAGAUUAAAGAGGAUGUGUCACCACAAGAGGAAAUGCUCAAAGGGGAGAUACUGGAUGGUGUUUUAAUGGUGGAAACUGAAAAUGUGAAACAUGAGCCUUUUACAACAACCGAUGAGAUUAAGGCUUUAACAGCAGGUGUUGUUCAAACUAUAAGAGACAUCAACGUUCUUAACCCUUACUUCAGUGCAAGCCUGGCAAUACAAGUUGGUGAAAGAGUCAUUGAUAAUCCUGUGUUCUUGAGUGACAUGGGAGCUGCCAUGACAUCUGCUGAGCCAGAAGAGUUACAGAAAGUUCUUGAGGAAACAAAUAUACCACAACGUCUUAUGAUGGCUCUAUCAAUGUUGAAGAAGGAAUAUGAACUAAGUAAAUUACAGCAGAAAAUUGGGAAAGAGGUUGAAGAGAAGGUAAAGAAACAACACAGGGAGUAUAUUCUACGUGAACAACUGAAAGUUAUCAAAAGAGAACUGGGUUUAGAGAAAGAUGAUAAAGAUGCUAUUGGAGAGAAAUUCCUUGGGAGGAUUAAGGAUCUGACUGUACCGGAGCAUGUUAUGACUGUGAUAAAUGAAGAACUCAACAAAUUGUCUACCCUUGAUAACCAUUCAUCAGAAUUUAAUGUGACAAGAAAUUAUCUAGACUGGUUGACCAACUUGCCAUGGGGAAAAUAUAGUGAAGAAAAUCUAGAUCUGCAACAGGCAAAAGAAAUAUUAGAAGAAGACCACUAUGGUAUGGAGGAUGUUAAAAAGAGAAUAUUGGAAUUUAUAGCUGUUAGUCAGCUGAAGGGUAGUACUCAAGGCAAGAUUCUGUGUUUUCAUGGUCCACCAGGUGUGGGGAAGACCAGUAUAGCUAAGUUUAUUGCCAGGGCAUUAAAUAGAGAGUAUUUCAGAUUUAGUGUAGGAGGUAUGACAGACGUGGCAGAGAUCAAAGGUCAUCGAAGGACAUAUGUUGGCGCCAUGCCAGGAAAAAUUAUCCAAUGCUUGAAGAAGACUAAAACAGAAAACCCAUUAGUUUUAAUUGAUGAAGUUGACAAGAUUGGUAAAGGACACCAGGGUGAUCCAGCAUCGGCACUGUUAGAGUUGUUGGACCCUGAACAAAAUGCUAACUUUCUCGAUCAUUAUCUAGAUGUGAACGUUGACCUCUCUAAGGUACUGUUCAUUUGUACAGCCAAUAUAAUAGACACAAUACCAGAACCUUUAAAAGACAGGAUGGAGCUGAUUGAUGUGUCCGGAUAUGUUGCUGAGGAAAAACUAGCUAUAGCUGAGAGAUACCUUAUACCCCAAGCCCAAGAACACACUGGAAUCAAGUCAGAUCAGGUGACAAUAUCCCAGGAUGCCAUGCAGGAACUUAUAAAAUGUUACUGUCGAGAGAGUGGUGUGAGAAAUCUUCAAAAACAUGUAGAGAAGAUAUAUAGGAAAACUGCACUGAAGAUUGUUUCAGAAAAUAUAGCCAGUAUAAGUGUAGAUUUGGAUAAUUUACAAGACUUUGUUGGGAAGCCUCUGUUUACCAAGGAGAGGAUGUAUGAUAUUACACCUCCUGGUGUUGUUACAGGACUUGCAUGGACAGCCAUGGGUGGAUCAACUCUCUACAUCGAGACGGUAUUAAAGAAGGCUGUUGACCUUGAAAGUAAAGAUUCUGGUGAUCUUCAGGUUACAGGUAACCUUGGUAACGUAAUGCAGGAGAGAGUAUUACAACCCUAUUCAUUACUUUUGCAGGGAGCCACACCAAAAGAUGGACCAAGUGCUGGUGUUACCAUAGUUACAGCAUUAUUGUCUCUAGGUCUGGAUAAGCCAUGUAGACAAGAUCUAGCUAUGACAGGAGAAAUUUCACUAACAGGAAAAGUAUUGCCUAUAGGUGGAGUGAAAGAAAAAGUGAUAGCCGCAAAGCGGUCUGGUAUGAAAUGUGUCAUCUUGCCGGAAGAUAAUCGUAAAGACUUUUCUGAUUUACCAGAAUUUAUAGCACAAGGAAUAGAAGUUCAUUAUGCUGACACAUACGAAGAUGUAUUUCGAGUUGUUUUCCCGGACAUUACCCCACCCAGCUGAUGAUGGUCAUGAUUAAUUGGGUCAAAAUAACUGUGUUCUGAUCAUACGCAUUAUUUACUCUAAAGUCUUGCUCUAGUUGACUCAGCAUAAUGAUAAAAUACUGUGAAACCUUUGUUAAUGGCCACUUGUUAACAGAGACCAUCUGUUUAUAAAGAUCAAGUAGAUAAUGAUUUUCAAGAUAUUUUGAAAUAAAGAUAUAUUAGGUUUAUUUGUGCUAGAACGUUGGAUAUGAAAGUGAAUUCUGUGAAUAUGCAUGUCAGAGAUUAACAUUUGUGAUAUAUACUUAUACAGUAAAUAAUCUGAAAACUGGGCCCUGUCCGGACUUGACCAAAAGACCGGUUUUCAGAAGAUUCCGGUUUUCAGAGGUUUUAUAUAUUUAUUGAUGAUUAUGAUGUGUUUAAACAAUGACUUUAUUCAAUCAUUUGGUAUUAACUAUUCAACCCUUUUGUAUAAGUCAUAUUUGAUUUUUUUUGCAAUAGCUGUCUUUAAGUUAUUUUAUUAUGCAAAUCCAUGAAUCUUAUUCAGAAAAUUAGAAAUUAAAUCAACACAUUGUCUGAAAUAUAUUAUUAUAUCUUUUCAUUGGCUUCUGAAAUAUGCAAUUAAUGGAAAUUAGUAUUACUAUUUUUGCAUAAACUUAAUGUCCAAACAAGAUAACUUCAAGAUCAAACAGGAAUCAUUUAACAAAAGUUUCCCAAUUCUUUUCUACAUUUUAUAUGGAGAAAACCUAAACAAAUGAAAAACAUUUUGAAAAUCGUACCUAUACAGCAGGGAAAGGCACAAUUAAUCAUGAUGAAAGGGCUAUAAUUUAAUUGCCAAUAAGAAAUUAACACACACUGACAAGUUUUUUCACACCUGCAUAGAUAAAAAGGGAGUGUAGGACAAAAGCCCUCCCGUCAAAAAGUGACAAGGCGGACAAAAGCCCUCCCGUGAAAAUGACAAGGUGGACAAAAGUCCUCCCGUGAAAAUGACAGGGCGGACAAAAGCCCUCCCGUAAAAAUGACGUGGCGGACAAAAGCCAUCCCGUGAAAAUAAUAGGGCGGACAGAAGUCAAUCACUUUAAAAAGUGACUUUGUAUUUAACGAAUUUCGUGUAAAAAGUUAAAGUUUCUCUGCCCAGUCAUUUUCAUGGGAGGGUUUUUGCCCGCCCUGUUAUUUUCACAGGAGGGCUUUUGUCCGCCCUGUCAUUUUCACGGGAGGGCUUUUGUCCGCCUUGUCAUUUUUUGACGGGAGGGCUUUUGUCUGGGAGGGCUUUUGUCCGUUUCCCGGCUUUUACAUUAUUUGUAGAUGUCCACUUUGCAAUGAGAGAUGCAAAAUUUCUAUGGUCAUGGAAAUUUAUUUUCACAAAAGAAGACUUAAAAGCAUUUUCCUAUACAAGUCUACAUAAACUAAGUAAUCCUGGGCACCCAAGUGGCAUGAUUUAUAUAACGGUUGUAGAAGACCACAAAUAAGUGAUGCUACAAGCAAAAUAUCAUAGAUCUUGGCAUUGUCAUUUCAAAGAAGAUUUUUGAGACAUUUUUACUUUACAAUUAUGUAACUUUUGGGUCUACGAAGCAAUGCUACAUGCCAAAUAUUACAUCUCUUAGCAUUAACAUAGUUUCACAAAAAGAAGAUUUAAAUGAUUUUCCUUAUACAAGAGUAUAUAAUCUGUAACAGAACGACUUUUGAUUAACUUACAUUUUUAUGAAUUGUUUACUUUCCACAAUGGUUUUUUUCAUGGAGGCAUCCAUUUUGAUUGUCUUGCCAAGUACAUUAUAAAAGAAGUAAUUUGAUUGACUCUUAUCAAUUAUAAUAAACGAAUCAAUUUUUAGAUUAUUUUCAUUAUUAUCUAAUCAAUUGUUAUACAAAUAAAUAGCCGAAAUUUGUCAUUGUUAGUUCGGUACUGCAUCAUCUAGGUCAUUACAAAAAGGCUCAAGCCUUGACUUUAAAUAAAGACUUCGGUCUUAAAGUAAACACUUCCAAGUGUUAAUUCAAAUCGACUGCUUACUGUCAAUUUAUAACUCCAUAAAGCUGUACUAAUCUUAAAUAGGAAUCUUUACUAAAAAAAUUAUUUAAUAAACUUUUCAUUCAUAGACAUAUUAUAUUCAUAAUUGGGACUUGAUGAUUAAAAGAUUAUUGUUUAUUUAAAUUUA